AAAGAUGAAAGAUUAUAAGAACACCUCUGAGAUUCCACGAAAAGGCAGAUUAUGAUUGAAAUAAAAAAUGAAUUAGAUUUAAAACUAAUACUUCAUUUUUAAUUAAUUGGUAUUGAUCGUGUGUGAGUCGUAUGUCGUUUGAGUCGGGGAUGGUCAUGGAGGAACACGACUCGGAGAAGGUGGAGAUCGUCCUCAAAACCAUUGGUCCUGCACGCCCCUCUCGCCUUCUCGUUUCUUCUUCCAUCAAGGUGCGUGAUUUGAGGAGAUUAAUUGCUGGGAAUGAUAAUUUGCAAAUUGACAACUUGAGUCUUAUUUUACGCGGAAGUGCACUGUAUGACAUGAAAAAUGGAGAUGAUGUAUACAUACAACUUAAUGAUGGAGAUUGCUUGAUUGUUGCUGUCAAACCAAAGCCACCAGUGAAAGAUGGAUAUGACAAUGAUGACGAGGAUGAAGAUCUGAAGUUUCGGCUUCCUCAGUCAUCAAGUUGGUGGAAGAAGAGGUUGUACACUUUUCUACACGAUAACUUGAAGCUUCCAGAUAUCCUUUUGAUGGUAAUUUUCACUCUGAGUCUGAAGGCAUGGCUUCUCAUAAUUUUGUGGUUUAUCCUGGCUCCUGUUGCCCAUAGAUGGGAUCUCGGACCUUUGUAUAUACUUGCAACUGGCUUUUGUCUCAUUCUCUUCAAUCUUGGAAAGCGCCAAGCUGGUGACAUAAGUGCAUAUUCCAUCUUCAAUGAAGACUUCAGAGAGCUUCCAGGGACGCUGAAUGCAGAUCGGCUUGAUAGAGAUAUAAGAGCAGGACAGUUUUGAGCCCUACUUCACGGCACUCUUUCCAAUCAUCCCAACACUACUGAUGUCAAGUCACAUGAUGUAUAUCUGCACAAUCACAAGGAGAUGACAUUGACUAGCCAAAGAGUUAACAAGUACAGUGUCAAUGAAGAUGACAAGUUUUCUAUGAGAGGCUAUGCCCCUUCUGUGUAUAUAUCGUUGUACUAAGAUGUAUUGAUAUGAACAUGUUUCAUUGUGGAUUACUGUGUUUGUCUCUUGUACCGAGGUUCCUGUUUAUGAAUUUCAGAGUUUAACACUUUCGGUGUAGCGGCAAGCUUUGGGCCAUAUAUGCAGUGACUUGUCAGGAAUCAAAACAUGACAGCGGCAUUUUAAAUACUGUUAAGAUUAUGUAAUAUAGGUUGUUACUUUUUAUUAAUA